AUGGCUCAGCUGAGCCCGUUGACCAACACGGACAGUCCGCCACCGUCGUCCCGUGCGGGUAGUAACGGUGCCGCGGUGUCUUCCCGCGACCGAGGCUCCGUGUCGCCGGUGCCGUCCCGCAAGAAGCGUCGCCAGAUGCACGACCCGGACUCGAGCGGCGAGGACGACCUGAGCCCGACGUCGCUCGCCAAGAGGUUCAUGUCAGAUGCCGCGGCCGCCGGGACGUCUUCGCCGGCCACGACGCCCUCGACGGACGUCGCAUCUUCCUUCGAACUCAUUGACGUCACCGAGGACCGGCGCGACCUGGUGAGCGGCCACGCUGCCGCCGCAGCGGCCGCCGCGGCCGCCCUGGGCCCCAUCACGAGCCUCAGCUCGCCGAACCCGAGCACGCCGGGAGCCCUGGGCUCCGGUGCCGCCGGCUCGUUCGCCGGCGGACCCCCUCCGCCGCCGCGGCUGACGCCCUCGUCGGCUGACUUCCAGCCGCCCUACUUCCCGCCCCCGUACAACCUGCCGACGCCGACGCAGCAGCAGAUCGACUUCCACGACCCGUACGCGUCGCACCACCUCAACAGUCUCGCCGGACCGCAGCAGUACCACCAGCUGCACCCAGCCGCGGGACACCAGAGGGGCUUGUCCAGGAGACCCGAGGACGAUCUCCUACAGGCGGCGAACAUGCACCUUCCGGCGUACGGCGAAGGGCGUAGAACCGAACCGACAGCGUACCCCCGGCGGCCCGACGUGCUGGUGCACCACCCGCACCACCACCUGACCGAGCAGGACUUGCUGGGACUGCACGGGGCCGCCGCUGGUCUACCGCCGGGCAUCGUGGACGACGGACAGACCAGCCCCUGCUCAUCGGACGACGGCAACGAUUUCCUCGAGGCAGGAAGCGUCGACGACACCAGUCUUUUUGGGAGCGACCACAAUAGUGUCAUACGGAAAGGUAUGAAGGUUCGCAACUCUUCGGAGAACCACAAGGACAUGGUGCUCAGCGGGGGCGGCGUGACGUCCCCGACAGACGUGUUCUGCUCGGUGCCCGGCCGCCUGUCGCUGCUCAGUUCCACGUCCAAGUACAAGGUGACCGUGGGCGAAGUGCAGCGCCGCCUGUCGCCGCCCGAGUGCCUCAACGCGUCGCUGCUCGGCGGCGUCCUUCGGCGCGCGAAGUCCAAGAAUGGCGGCCGCUCGCUGCGGGAGAAGUUGGAGAAGAUAGGACUCAACCUACCUGCCGGUCGGCGCAAGGCGGCCAAUGUUACUCUGCUCACCUCUCUGGUAGAAGGCGAAGCCAUCCACUUAGCCAGGGAUUUCGGUUACGUGUGCGAGACCGAGUUCCCUUCCAGACAGGUGGCGGAGUACCUCUGUAGAAAUCACGCCGAACCAACCGACCUCUACCGCAGAAAAGAAGUGCUGCUUGCCACCAAGGGAAUGGUGAAGGAAUUCGUGGACUUGCUGAACCAGGACCGGUCUCCACUGUGCAACACGCGGCCCCAGAGCAUCCUCGAUCCCAGCAUCCAGCGCCACCUGACGCACUUCUCGCUCAUCACGCACGGCUUCGGCAGUCCCGCGAUUGUGGCCGCCCUGACGGCCGUGCAGAACUUCUUGAACGAGUCGGUCAAGUACCUCGAGAAGCAGAUCAACACCUACCCCGGCGGCGCGCCGCCCCACCUGGCCUCCGUAGACCCCAAGAAAGAAGACGCUAAGAAGUAGGCCGUAGCCGUAUAGCCUCCGCACUCGCGAAGCUAUAGGAAGCUGGAGAUGGACUUCGCCGGGGGGGACAAGCUGCCGAUUUUUUUUUCCUCUCGGAAUUUGAGACCGUGCCAUUCUUGUCGUCCGUUUCGCGUAAUCUUCAAAACCGAAAGGCGGUGUUGUAACCCCUAGAAACCACUCCAGCUCUUACAUGCCGUGUAGAGAGCGUGGUGGCCUUGUGGUGACCCCAAGCGCCGUGUGCUUGAUCAAACGCGCCGUGCCAACCUGCCUACGCGUCCGUCUGCUUGCUUGCUGUCUCCGGUUGUGCUGGUCAAUGUGUUACCUGCGUGGCCUGUGACGAUUCGCCGCCGCUACCAAGCAAUACUCGUUUGUUACGCGACAACGCGAGAAGUGUAAAGAUUGCCACCGGUAAUAUGCGAUGGAACGCGAACAAGCACCGGUCGUCCAUGAACGCGACAGAAAUUCGAUGCAGUACGACUCCGGUCAUGUGACACGGGUUCCAGUAUUACGGUCAUUUCACGAGCAAGAACAAAAU